AUGGCCGACUCUCCACAAAAGAAAUCGAUGAAAUCCCAGGCGGACGACGAUGUCGAGGAGUAUGAAUACAAGACUGUCAGGUACAAGGACUUCGUCACGAAGCCGAAGUAUAUACCAUGGUGGAUUCUGGCGGUUGUGGUUGGGGUGCUCACCAUAUUAUUUGCGGUCAAUCACGAUAGAAUUGUGGAGGCUUUAACACCUAUAUCUAAGAAGAUCAGAGCCAUUCCAGGAGGCUUCAUUAUCCCAGUCGCCAUUUUGAUUGCGAUUUCUUUCCCUCCACUAUUCGGUCAUGAACUCGUUGCUUUACUUUGCGGUGUCGUCUGGGGUCUGUGGAUAGGCUUCGCCAUUGUAGCAGCGGGGACCUUUGUAGGAGAAAUCGGCACAUGGUACGCAUUCAAAUAUGCAUUCCGAAGGAAAGCCGUGAAACUGGAGCGUACGAACCUGAAUUACGGAGCACUAGCACGCUUCACUCGCGACGGAGGAUUCCUCGUGGUGCUCAUCAUUCGCUUCUCCAUCAUCCCCUCCCACUUCUCCACGGCCGUCUUCUCAACCUGCAACGUCGAAUUCUGGCACUUCGCCGUCGCCACCUUCCUCACACUGCCCAAGCAAAUUGUGAUCGUAUAUAUUGGCGUCCUGCUCGCGCAACAGCAAUCUAAAAACAACACUGUCAACAAUGUCGUGCUGGCAAUCACCAUCACCACCACCGUUGUUGCCGGAGUGUACGUCUACCGCAAAAUGGGAGCAACGAAGAAGGUUUUGCUUGAAGAACAGGCUGCGAGAUUAGAUGCGAAGGCGAGAGAUCUGAAUCUCAAUCGCACGAAUUCGAAUUCGAGUUCGAGUGGUGAGCGCGAAGGGCUGUGGCAGAAUAGGAGUUAUAGCCCGGAACGAACGCCACCGAGGACGUAUGUGCCGCCGAGGGGGGGAAUGAAUUAUUAUGAGAUGGAGAAUCGGUCAAGGGAUGUGGUGUAUGGCGGGGAGCAAAAUGGGAGGCCGACGACUGUGCCGAGGGAUUUUAUUUGA